UUGCACCAAAUGAUUCACAAAACAUAUGCAAAUUCCCGUGAUUCACAGCACAAAUGCCAAUUCACACCAUUUCUUCCAUCUAAUGAAAAACCUUUUACUCCGAAAACAACUACUUUUCCACUCGCCCCCUCUUGCCUAUACAUAUAUAGCAAAAAGGGUGUGAAAGACAUCGACAGAUCAACCCCCAGCUCGUAUCUCUGCGAAAAGGGCAUAGAUUUCUUGCUUUAUUUUGUGGUUGGGGAUUGGUGGAGUGAAACUGCCUUGUUCCCAUUUUCGGAAAUAGCAAGUUUGUUUGUGUUUAAUAGGGAUAAAGAUUUGAUUUUUAUUGGUGGGGAGUUGGGUUGAGGGGGAUGGGGAUAGUAUGCGAUGAUGCUGUGAUGAUCAGUCAGUCGGAGAGGGAAGAGGAGCCUAGUGUGAUAACUGUGAAUUGUCCGGAUAAGACUGGUUUAGGGUGUGAUCUUUGCCGCAUAAUCCUCUUCUUUGGGCUCACUGUUGUUAGAAUCGAUGUAUCGACCGAUGGGAAAUGGUGCUACAUAGUGUUCUGGGUGGUGGGGAGACCGAGCACGCGAUGGAGCUUGUUGAAAAAUAGAUUGAUGGGGGUGUGCCCUUCUUUUCUGUUGGCUAACGGGAUUUCAUACGAUAGGCAGCUGAGCCCACCCAAGCCCCCGGAUGUGUACCUCUUGAAGUUCUGUUGCUUUGACAGAAGGGGCCUUCUGCAUGAUGUAACGGGGGUUCUCUGUGAGCUCGAGCUUACGAUAAAGAGAGUGAAAGUGUCAACGACUCCAGAUGGAAAAGUCAUGGACCUCUUCUUUAUAACCGACUCGAGAGAGCUUCUGCAUACAAAGAAGAGAAAGGAGGACACAUGUGACCAUUUAAAAGCUGUUUUGGGGGAUGGGGCCAUCAGCUGCAGCAUAGAAAGGGUGGGGCCCGAAAUCACAUCGUCUUCUCAAGGGCCCUCGUUUCUUUCGUAUGGAAUCACCGAGGAUAUGCUGCUGAAUCCAAACGAAGACGACCCCAUCGCCUUUAAGUGCCCCUCGAUCACCAUGGAUAACUUGUUGAGUCCCUCUCACACGCUAGUCCAAAUCGUUUGCCGGGACCACAAAGGCCUUUUAUACGACGUGAUGAGAACUCUCAAGGACUGUGACAUCCAUGUCUCGUAUGGACGCCUGACAAGGAAAGGAAGCACAGAGUGCGAGCUCGACUUGUUUAUCAUGCAAGUAGAUGGUAAGAAGAUAGUCGACCCCAGCAGACAGAAUUCGUUGAGCACUCAUCUUCAGGUGGAGCUGAGCCGUCCACUGAGAUUAGCAUUGAUCAACCGUGGCCCUGACACUGAGCUGCUCGUUGCAAAUCCCAUCGAGUUGUCCGGGAAGGGUCGUCCCAUGGUGUUCCACGACAUAACUCUUGCACUCAAGACGCUAAACAGACCUAUCUUCUCGGCUGAAAUCGCAAGGCAUGGCAUCGGGGGUCGUGAGUGGGAAAUUUACAGAGUUCUACUCGACGAAGGGGAAAAUGGCUGUGCUUCAAAGAAAGAGAUAGAGGAGACAGUGUGGAGAAUGCUAAUGAGCUGGGAGUAACAAUAACGUUCGUGCUCGUUGAAAGCUUCAACGCUGGAUCAGCCGAUAUAACAUGUAAAUAUUCUCUGUUCUAGAUAUGUAUAUACAUGAGGAAAGCUUAGGUUUGUGAGGUGUUUAGAUGAUGAUGCUAUGACCAUAUUUUGCUUUUAGAUUGAGCAAAAAUGUAUGGAAAUGGGUAUUUUUUUUUCUUUGGAAGUAUAUAUUCAAAUAAAAAUGGAACUUCAUUAUA